AUGCUGUUGCAUGGAGGCUCGACGACCAAGGUCUUUGUCGACGCGGCUCUGGCUCAGCUGAUAUUGAACGGGUCCUAUCCUGUCCUCAACGGGGGCUGGAGCACGCCCAUCUCCUCGAUUAUCCGCGACGACUUCGUCUUGCAGGACGAGUGGGCGACCAACCACUUGGCACUGGAAGACGCCGCAAGUCACCGCACGGUGCCGAAUCGGGACCUUGUUCGAAACCUUUGCAAUCUCCCGUUGACCGCCCCCCCGCGGGUCAUUUUCCACUACUGCAAUCUCAUGUACAUUACGCUCUCGCAUGUCGUUGAAACCGUCACCGGCAGGCGGCUCAAAGACGUCCUACGCGAAGCCGUCUGGGCCCCUCUGGGCAUGAAGUCAACCUACCUGGACCUGCAAGAGGCCCGGGACGCCGGCAAGAAGCUUGCCCAGGGCUACCUGUGGAAUCAAGAGGACAAGCAAUACAUGGCAGUCUUUGACCCGAUCCAGGAAUCAAGCGGCGCAGGCGGCAUCGUCUCCAGCGUGCUGGACUACGCAAAGUGGCUCAAGUGCCCGUUGCGUCAGACCAGACCGUUUUCCAGCCUCGCCCACGGGGAGAUUCGAACUCCCCGUGUGAUUUACGAAGCAGCACCAGCGGCCGGAUAUGACGUGACGCUCUACGGCCUCGGCUGGUCACGCACCGUGUUCCACGGCCAAGCCAUGUAUUCGCACAACGGAGCGACAGGCGCCUUUGGCGCAUUCCAAGGACCGCCGCAUCGACGCACUGAGGGAGGAGCUCAAAGACCUCCGGGACAGAAUCGUCAACGCCGUCGACGUGCUAUACCCCGAGAGACGUCGCCCAGACCCCCACCGACCCAAAACACCACCCGUCUCGCCGGCACAUACCUUGACCCGGGCUACGGAACCAUACAACUCAAGGAGAUGACAGACCCCGAAGACGCGGCGUCCGCCGUCCUCGUCGGCGACCGCAGCGGCAUCAUCAUUGACUCCGACGUGCUCCUGCGACACGUCUCGGGGGACUACUGGGUCCUCCAUCUCAGCUCCGCAGAUGUGCCCCUGGAAAUGGGCGCCGCCCUCGCCGCCGAGUUCAAGUUUGGCAGCGACGGAAGCGCCUCUGCCCUCGAGGUCAUCUGGGGCCAGGCCAAGCCGGGGCUGCGCGAGGUCAAGGUCCUCUUCAACAAGAUGGAAUAG